AAGUCUGCGCGCAUUGUCAGUUGGUGUUUGACUUAGCUGCGUCUAAUACAUAUACGAACGAGCAUCUAUAUUAAAGUAUCGUUACAGGAAUCAGAAAAUUUCGAAAAGAGCAAAAGAGAGUUGAUGCCGGCGCGCGUAUUCAAAAAAAAAAAAAUAAAAUUUUACAUAUGUAUGUUGUGUACUUAUGAGUGGAUGAUUGUAAAUUAAAGUUUAAAAAAAACGGGCAUGUGUAUAAAAAAUGCUUAAUUAACAAAAAAAGAGACUCGUAAUCGAAUACUUGUAUUGAAACAAAAACGGGUUUUUUUCGUAAGGGUUUACAAAAGUGCAUUGUGCUGGUUAAAAUAAAAACGCAGUAAACGCACAGCGGCUGGAGUAGUAGUGUGAAAGCAGCUAAAAAUACAAAAUCCCAAAAGUAUGAAUGAACGCGCCGAAACGGUGCCAGAUGUCCUGGUCAAUGGCCAAGUGAAUGGCACUGUCGUAUUAUCAACAGCAGCACCAGCAAGCGAUGGGCAUGCUGGCGUACCCACACUCAACAAGAGCAAUAGUCUUGCAAGUGUUAAUCAUAGCAAUACAGGCAUUUCAGUGCCGAUACCAAUGGCGCCCAAUCAGGUCAAUCAUUUUGGCAAUGGUGGCUCUUUCAAGAAUACCAUCGUUAUCGAUAGUCAACCGAAACGUAAGGUUAGCAUUGCCUCUGAGCCGGCGAGCGAGGUGCGUAGCACAGGUGCUUACGACAAUCCAGUAUUUGAACAAAAUCCACAACGUAAAAUAUCACAGACUUCUACACAUUCUCAUACGGAAAUUGGACCUACUCGAAAAAAGAGUAUUCUGGUUAAUUCAACAGCCAGUGCAACACCAUUACCACUACCAAUUGGACAUGACAAUGAAUCAGAUCGAGGAUCUUUACACAGUUAUGGUGAGAACAGCCGACCCUACAGAUCCUCCGCGCUCGACAAUUUAAAUGCAAAAAUCUAUCAACAUCAACAAGAACAAGCUCUCUAUGAACAAGGCAAUAAGUUGGAGGAAUCUUGGAUAUAUACAUUUUGCCUGAAAUGUCGUGGCGAAGAAAAUCGCCCCUCAUGGGAGCCACCUUACUGGCAAAAAAUUUGCCCCUACCCGCUAUGUCCCUCAUUUCGGCAAUUCUCGCGGCUUUGUGUACUCAUACUAAUUGGUGUGCUCAUCUGGUUCACCGCCUAUGUCAUCAUCGGCGAUUCAGCUGCCCCUGGUGGACAGCUUUUCAAUUUGGUUGUACUUGCCGUGGCAGCUAAUUUUGGCGGUUGGCUGGUAUCGUUGACGACAUUGCCGCGUCUCAUUGGUAUGCUGCUCGUCGGCAUAAUUUUUCAGAAUGUUGGCUGGGUACAUUUGGAUGGAGAUUUCUCGCGCGUUACAGCACAUUUGCGCAAAUUUGCGCUUACCAUUAUACUUAUUCGAGCUGGACUCGAAAUGGAGCCUGAGGCUUUUCGUAAGGUCUACAAAACAAUACUUAAACUUGGCAUUAUUCCAUGGUUCAUGGAGGCUCUUAUCAUUUCGCUUACAUCUCACUGGCUCUUGGAUUUACCUUGGAUCUGGUCAUUUCUAUUGGCUGCAGUAAUUGCAGCCGUAUCGCCGGCUGUUGUUGUGCCUUGUCUUCUUCGAUUGCGUUCGAAAGGUUAUGGCGUAGCCAAGGGUAUACCCACCUUGAUUAUCGCCGUUUCCGGCAUCGAUGAUGCCUUAUCUGUAGCACUUUUUGGCAUCAUAAGCAGCGUUAUGUUCUCGGAUCGUGGCCUCGGCUAUCAGAUUUCGCAGGCACCUGUGUGUAUCAUUGGUGGUCUUGCAUUUGGCGUCAUCUGGGGUUAUAUGGCGCGUUUCUUUCCGGAGAAGGGUGAUGAAUAUGUUGUGCCACUGCGUACUAUAUUAUUAUUCGCUGGCGGCUUAGUUGCCAUUUAUGGCAGUGAUAAGAUUGAAUACGAGGGCGCCGGCCCGUUGGCGGUCGUCUUUUCGGCAUUUGUAUCGAACUUGUUCUGGUGCAAACAAGGUUGGGAGGUGGAGGAUAAUCCAGUGGGCACAGCAUUCGAAAUCAUUUGGAUGGUAUUCGAGCCGAUACUAUUUAGCGUUACAGGCACCACUAUUAAGAUUAACGAAUUGGAUGGCGACAUUGUCUACUUGGGCGUGACAUGCAUUGUGGUUGCUGCGGUCAUACGCAUCCUUUGCACAGCGGGCAUUGCUUUUGGUGACCGCCUCAAUACCAAGGAGAAAUUCUUUGUUGCCAUCGCCUGGAUGUCGAAAGCCACUGUACAAGCGGCGCUUGCGCCAGUUGCUCUGCGCAAUCUGGGCAAUAAUGCUAGCGACACCGAGAAACGCUAUGCCAGUAUUGUGCAGACACUUUGCGUUUUAAGUAUUGUUUUGACAGCGCCUUUAGGUGCUAUUUUGAUCACUCUAACCGGUCCGCGGCUGCUGACACGCACCAAACAACCACAAGUACUGGAGGGCUGGCGACGCAGUCAUCGUCCAUCCAUUCGUGAUAUUAGUAUUAUUGACGAGGAGGAGGAGCGUGAGGAUCCCGAGUUGCCGGCGGACAAGACUACCGCUAAUAAUACACAAUCGAAUGCACAUAUCAAUAACAUUGGCUACGCACAUUAGCCGCUUUGGAUUUUGUAUUGUAACUAUUUUGUAUACCAACUUUUUGGAUAGUUUUAAGAACAAAAAAUCGACCUAUAUAUGUAUCCAUAUGUAUGUGUCCAUCCAAUAUAGUGUUGUUGGCAUAGCUUUACGUGAUUUUGUUGCUGAAUAUACUACUAUAAUACAUAUUUGUGUAGAAUGUACGAGUGUGUUGAAAUACUAUUAAGUAAGCCUUUGGCAGUAUAAUAUUAUCUAUUGUACAGAUACUUAACCUACCGCCCAGCAUAAAAACUUUCUCGUGUUAUUGUUUUUUUUUUCCUUGCUUAUACAUUUAAUGUUUAAAUAUAAAUAUAUUAAUUAAAUAUUCAGACGAAUGAAGUCUGUGCCUAUACUUUAA